AUGGCUUCUCUAACAGAUAACAACAACAACAAGCCGAGCUUGACCGUCGAGACGACGUCAAUGUCUCGGUUGUCUACCAAGACUUCUCAAGAGACACUCACACCCGAACCAUUCCCAACACUGACCGAGAAGGACACGUCAGCGUCGCGACUCUCGGACUUGUCUACACCAGCUACCACUCACCGAUUAAACCCCUUCGACACCGAUAUCGAGGCCAUGAUCACCAACGAGAACAGCCACAAGAGAUCAGCCGAGUGCACAAAAGGAGGAACCGAUUGCCAAGUUUGGCCCGGGCAAGAUCACUGGAAGCGAAAAGCCAAGGCCGCCAAAAAGAAUCGGCGCGCCUGCAACUGCCUCGCCGGCCUCAGCAAACGGAACCGAAUUCUCGUCAAGAUCCUACUCAUCUUCCUCAUCGUCGGCAUUGCAGUCGGUGUAGGGUUUGGAGUCAGCAAGCCCCUCGGCGCGGGCAUCUGGCGCAGCGAGACCCAGAAUAGCUAA